CUCCCCAGUCAAGUAAAGGACUGAACCCGCUCAACCUCUUCUCUCCAUUAUUACAGUUCUGCGUUCUCUUCACGUCCCUUCUCUCUCUCGUCUCGUCAAAAUCACUGCUUUCCCGAAGAUUUCAGCACCCAGAUAGAUAAAGAUUGCUCUUCUCUUCUUGCUCCGGGAUCGGUUGUCUUUUUGGGUAUUCCCGUUUCAGUCUCGGGCAGAGUGAGGCGAGGGAGUGAGAGGGAGAGAGAAAAAAGCUACGAGUAUGGCUGUGGAGGAAGCUGAGCGUGGGACUGAAGUGGCCCCCGCCCCGCAGGUCCCACCUCGACGCGUGCUUCUCAUCUCCGCCGGUGCCAGCCACUCCGUUGCUCUCCUCUCGGGAAAUGCCAUUUGCUCUUGGGGCCGUGGAGAAGAUGGGCAACUGGGUCAUGGGGAUGCCGAGGAUCGCCUUUUCCCUACACAGCUGAAUGCACUUGAUGGUCAUGAAGUAGUUUCUGUUAUUUGCGGAGCUGACCACACGAUCGCAUACUCUGAGUCCCGUUUAGAAGUAUACAGUUGGGGAUGGGGCGACUUUGGGAGGUUGGGACAUGGCAACUCUAGUGACUUGUUUACUCCCCAGCCAGUCAAAGCAUUGCAUGGUUUGAGGAUUAAACAAAUUGCUUGUGGGGACAGCCAUUGUUUGGCAGUGACCAUGGAAGGGGAAGUGCAGAGCUGGGGGAGAAAUCAAAAUGGUCAACUUGGUCUUGGCCACACCGAGGACUCUCUCAUGCCACAAAAGAUCCAAGCUUUUCGGGGCCUGUCCGUAAAAAUGGUUGCUGCUGGAGCUGAACACACAGCUGCUAUAACGGAUGAUGGGGAGCUUUAUGGAUGGGGAUGGGGUCGCUAUGGAAACCUGGGCUUGGGUGACAGAAAUGACAGGUCCAUACCAGAGAAAGUUUCUUCUGUUCAUGGGGAGGAGAUGGUUCUUGUUGCUUGUGGGUGGCGACACACGAUAUCUGUUUCUGCUUCAGGUGGCUUAUACACUUACGGGUGGAGUAAAUAUGGUCAACUAGGGCAAGGGGAUUUUGAGGAUCACCUCAUCCCCCAUAAACUUGAAGCACUACGUGAUAGUUUCAUUUCUCAGGUGUCGGGGGGUUGGCGACACACAAUGGCACUCACCUCUGAUGGAAAACUCUAUGGCUGGGGUUGGAAUAAGUUUGGACAGGUUGGAACUGGCGAUAAUGCCGAUUAUUGUGCUCCCAUGCAUAUCAAGUUGCCAAAUGAUCAGAAAGUGGUCUAUGUGUCAUGUGGGUGGAGGCAUACAUUAGCUGUUACUGAUAGACACAAUCUAUUUUCUUGGGGAAGAGGCACAAACGGACAGCUCGGGCAUGGAGAAUGUAUUGACGGAAAUGUGCCAAAGAUUGUAGAGGCUCUAAGUGUCGAUGGAUCGAGUGGACAGAAGAUUCAGUCCUCGAAUAUCGACUCAUCAUCAGGAAAGUCUUGGGUGUCUCCAUCAGAGAGAUACGCACGGGUUCCUGAUGAAAUCCAGGUCCAAGAGCAAUCGGCUGCACCGGGUCAAGGCAAUGCGAAUGAUGCUAGUGUACCAGGGAACGAUGUCAAGAGGAUGAGAGUCUGAUGCAGGAACUCCAAUGGCUUUUACCCGAAUGCUCUCGUCUGAAAUCUCAAACUCUACAUUAGAAACUUUAUAACCUCAAUACUAUAUAUUUCUUUUUCUUUACUUCCUUCGUUCUUCGGUCUUUUGGUAUUGUCUCUUUGAUCUAGUGGCCACCUUAGCAUAUGUAUACGAGCUUAAUGUGUUCGCAGAGGAAACCUGACGGUGCAUCUCCGGAACUAGGGCAGAAUAACCAGCUCAUACCAUCGAGCUUAUCUUUUAUUUCACUGCUCUGGGUAGUGUAUUCUUGUCAUGAUGAUCUUAUAUGGAAGGAAAGAAGAAAAUGCAAAAUGGGUUCAGCAUGAGGUA